CUCAAACUGACGCGUUUGUUCUGUGUCUUUCACUGUGACUCGAGUUCUUCUGUGGUCUGCUAUUGUGCCUUCGUGUCCGAACGAUCGAGGACAACUAUUUCCUUCUCUUCAGGAAUAUCGCCGUUAGUACACAGUGAGAAUUUAACAACAGCCAUCGAUUACCAGUAGUUCGAGUUUGAAGGUCACCGGCCUCUAGUGUUCGACAUCAUCAUGGCUAACAAUCCUUUACCAUACAGAAGACUUUUAUGGGGAGUUGCCUUGCUGUUACUAGCUACGGAUACGGAGGAAAGGGCAUUUCCAAGAAAUCCAGAAUUCAUCGCAGAUGACGAUCUGCUAAAUCAACCGGAGCUAGAGCCUGUUUACAACGAGGGAAUGUUAGUUGGUUACUCUCCCAUUCAAGACGAUUCAAGUGGUGUAGGCAUUGAAGUCAUAACUUCUGCACCAGUAAACAACUCUGAAAGUAAAACUCCACUUCUUCCCACACCAAUAGCCACGGUGAUAGCUAGCGAAACCCCGCCUCCUAAGCAAGCGCAGAAAGUUACCGAUGACAUAAGCGACAGCUUGGAAAAUGGUGAAGAUCCCUCUGAGCCCGGCACAGGCGACAUAAUAGAUAUCAUAGAUGUUGAACCAACUACUGCUCCUAUAAGAAAACCCUCUACUAAAAAGGAAAGAACAGCAAUUCCCCCAGUGGUUCAAACAACCAAACCAAACUCACAAAAAGGAAAAACAGAAGUUAGCCUAGCCACAGAUGACAUUAUUGACAUCGUGGGAAAUGGAGCAGAAUCAACCGAGCCUUCAAUAGACUUCACAGACGUUAAGCACACCACAACUGAAGGACAAACAACAGCUGGACCUACUGAAGGGAGGACGACAGCUGUGCCCACUGAGAAACAAACAAAAGUUGUAAAAAUAACAGCGGCACCAACGGUAAAAGUUACCACCGGUGCACUAACAGAGGAGGAAACAAAAGCUGCACCGACUGAAGGAAAAAAAACAGUUGCGCCAACUGACGAGGUACUCACAGCUGCACCAACUGAGGAACAAAGAACGGCUACACCAACUGAGGGAGAAACAACAGCUCCACCACCAGAGGUAAUAACAACAGCUGCACCAACUGAAGAACAAAGAGAAGAAACAACUGAAAAAGUGCCUACAGCUGCAAAAACAGAAGAGAAAAUAACAGUACCAGCUUCUCAAGAAGUUACAACGGCCACGCCUUCUGAAGAAGAAACAACAACUGCACCAACUAAGGCAACAACCACUGCACCAACAGAAGAUAUCAAAACUGCACCUACUGAAGAAAAAACAACAGCUGCACCUUCUGAGGAGGCAACAGCAGCUACUGAAAAAAAAACAACAGUUGAACCUACUGAAGAGCAAGUAACAUCUCCACCAAGUGAAGAACGAACGACAGUUACACCAACUGAAGAACAAAAAAAAGCUGCUCUAACUGAGGAAGAAAAAACGAUAGCAUCUACUGUACAAGAAACAACAACUGCGAUUGAUGAAGACAAAACGACAGCUGCACCAACUCAAAAGGUAAAUACAGAUGAGCCUACCGAAGAAGAAACAACAGAUGCACCAACUCAGAGAGUAACAACAGCCCAACCUACGGCUGUAUCAACCACGGAAAAAACAACAACUGUGCCCCUUGAAGAAAAAACAACAGCUGCACCAAUUGAGGAAGAAAAAACAGCUGCACCAAGCGAAGAAGAAACAACCGAUGCACUAACAGGGGAAAAAACAAGCGCAGCACCAACUGAGGAAAAAAUAACCGCUGCACCAAAAGAAGAAACAACAACUGUAUCAACUAAGGAGGUGACAACUGCUGCACCAACUGAGGAGGAAAUAACCGCCGCACCAACUGAGGAAAAAGCCACACCCACACCUACUGAAGAAACAUCAAUAGCCGCAUCAACAAAGAAAGAAAAAACAACCGCACCAACUGAGAAAGAAACAACGGCUGUACCGACAGAGGAAGAAACAACGGCUGCACCAACCAUGGAAGGAACAGCAACUUUACCAACUGAGGAACAUACAACGGCUGCACCAAAUGAGAAAGAAACAACAGCUCCAGCUUCUGUGGAUAAAACAAACACUACGCCAACUGAGAGGGAAACAACAGCUGCAACAACUGAGGGAGCAACAAAGCCUGCACCAACUAAAGAAGAAACAACAGCUGCACCAACUGAAGAAGAAACAAACGCUGCAUCAACGGAGGAAGAAGCAACCCCGGCACUCAUUAGCGAAGCAACAAAGGCUGCUCCCAAUAAGGAAGAAACGACAGCUACACCUACUGAAGAGGCAAUAACAGCUGCACCAUCAAAGGAGGUAAGGACAUUUCUACCUACUGAAGAAGUAACAACACUAGCACCAAUUGAGGAAAAAACAACAGCAAUACCAAUUGAGGAAAAAACAACUGCAGCACCAGCUGAGGAAAAAGCAACGGCUGCAGCUACUGAAGAAGUGACAACAUUUCUACCUACUGAGGAAGUUACAUCUCCACCUAGUGAAAAAGUGACAACAGCCACUUUAACCGAGGAAGAAACAACAGCUGCACCAACUGAGGACGAUACAACAGCUACACCAAAAGAGAUAAAGACAACCGCUGCCCCAUCUGAGAAAAAAACAGCUGCAUCGACAGAAGAGAAGACAACAGCUGCACCAACUGAGGAAGCAGUUACAGCUGCACCAACAGAGGAAGCAACAACAGCUGCACCAACAGAGGAGGAAACAACAGCUGCACCAACUGAGGAAGAAACAACGGCUGCCAUCUCUGAGGAAGCAAAAACAGAUGCACCAACUGAGGAAGAAACAACAGCUACCUCAAAGGCAAAAAAACCAAGUGCAGCACCCACUGAGGAAGCAACAACUGCUGCACCAACAAAGGAGGAAACAACGCUCGCAGCAACUGAGGAAGAAACAACCGCUUCCCCAUCUGAGAAAAAAACAACUGCUGCACCAAUUGAGGAAGAAACAAAACCUACCCCAAAAGAGAAAAAAACAAGCGCUGCACCAACUGAGGAAGAAACAACGGCUGCCCCAACUGAAGAAAUAACGACAGCUACACCAAAUGGGGACGAAGUAACAGCUGCCCCUACUGAGGAAGAAACAAGCGCUGCACCAACUGAGGAAAAAACAACGGCUACAUCAACUGAGGAAAAAACCACUGCUGCUACUACUGAGGACGUGACCACAUCUUCACCUACCGAGACGGUAACAUUUCCUCUAAGUGAAGAAGUGACAACAGCUACUUUAACUGUGAAAGAAACAACAGCUGCACCAAAAGGGGUAGAGACAACAACUGCCCCAUCUGAAAAAGCAAUAACAGCUGCACCAGAAGAGGAACAAACAACAGCUGCACCAAUAGAGAAGGAAACAAUGACUGUACCAACUGAGGAAGAAACAACCGCUGCCCCAUCUGAAAAAGCAACAGCUGCACCAACAGAGGAGGAAUCAACUGCUACAACAACUGAAGAAGCAUCAACGGCUGCACCAACAGAGGAGGAAACAACAUCUACUCCAACUGAGGAAGAAACAACCGCUGCUCCAUCUGAGGAGCCAACAACAGCUGCACCAAUAGAAGAAGAAACAACAGCUGCACAAAAAGAGGAAAAAUCAAGCACUGCACCAACCGAGGGAGCAACAACAGCUGCACCAACAGAAGUAGAAACAACGUCUGUACCAACUGAAGAAGAAACAACUGCUGCCCCAUCUGGGAAGGCAACAGCUGCACCAACAGAGGAGAAAACAACGUCUGCACCAACUGAGGAAGAAACAACUGCUGCCCCAUCUGGGAAGGCAACAGCUGCACCAACAGAGGAGGAAACAACGACUACACCAACUGAGGAAGCAUCAACAGCUGUACCAACAGAGGAGGAAACAACAGCUGCACGAAAAGAGGAAAAAACAACUGCUGCCCCAUCUGUGAAAGUAACAGCUGCACCAACAGAGGAGAAAACAACGGCUGCACCAACUGAGGAAGCAUCAACAGCUGCACCAACAGAGGUAGAAACAACAGCUGCACCAACUGAGGAAGAAAUAACUGCUGCCCCAUCUGGGAAAGUAACAGCUGCACCAACAGAGGAGGAAACAACGGCUGCACCAACUGGGGAAGCAUCAACAGCUGCACUAACAGAGGAGGAAACAACGGCUGCACCAACUGAGGAAGCAUCAACAGCUGCACCAACAGAGGAGGAUACAACGGCUGCAUCAACUGAGGAAGAAACAACUGCUGCCCCAUCUGGGAAAGUAACAGCUGCACCAACGGAGGAGGAAACAACGGCUGCACAAACUGCGAAAGCAUCAACAGCUGCACCAACAGAGGAAGAAACAACAGCUGCACCAACUGAGGAAGAAACAACUGCUGCCCCAUCUGGGAAAGCAACAGCUGCACCAAUAGAGGAAGAAACAACGGCUGCAUCAGCUGAGGAAGCAUCAACAGCUGCACCAACAGAGGAGGAAACAACAGCUGAACCAACUGAGGAAGCAUCAACAGCUGCACCAACAGAGGAGGAAACAACGGCUGCACCAACUGAGGAAAAAACAACUGCCGCCCCAUCUGAGAAAGCAACAGCUGCACCAACAGAGGAGGAAACAACAACUGCACCAACUGCGAAAGCAUCAACAGCUUCACCAACAGAGGAAGAAACAACAGCUGCACCAACCGAGGAAGAAACAACUGCUGCUUCAUUUAAGACCCCAUCAACAGCUGUACCAACGGAGGAAGAAACGACAGCUGGCCAAAAAGAGAAAAAAACAAGCAUUGCACCAACUGAGGAAGCAACAACAGCUGCACCAAUAGAGGAGGAAACAACAGCUGCACCAACUGAGGAAGAAACAACCCCUGCUCUAUCUGAGGAGCCAACAACAGCUGCAGCAAAUGAGGAGGAAACGACAGCUGCCCAAAAAGAGAAAAAAACAAGCGCUGCACCAACUGAGGAAGCAACAACAGCUGCACCAACAAAGGAAGAAACAACGGCUGCACCAACUGAGGAAGCAUCAACACCUGCACCAACAGAGGAGGAAAGAACGGCUGCACCGACGGAAGAAGAAACAACUGCUGCCCCAUCUGAGAAAGCAACAGCUGCUGCAACAGAGGAAGAAACAACUGCUGCCCCACCUGAGGAAGCAACAACAGCUGCACCAACUGAGGAAGAAACAACAGUUCCCUCAACUGAAGGAAAAACAACAGCUGCACCAACUGAGGACAAAACAACGUCUGCACAAAACGGGAAAGAAACAAGUGCUGCACCAACUCUGAAAGAAACAACGGCUGCCUCAACUGAGGAAGAAACAACACCUGAAGCAACUGAGGAAGCAACAAAAGCUGUACCAACUGAGGAAGUAACCACAGCUACACCAUUUGAGGAAGCAUCCACAUUUUCACCAACUGAACGGGUAACAACAUCAUCUACUGAUGAAGAACAAACAACAGGUGCUCCUACUGACAAAGAGACUACAGCUGACGACAUAACAACAGCUGUAUUUAAAACUACUGAAAAAGCAACAACGGCUGCAUUUACUGAAGAACAAACAACAACUACAUCUACCGUAAAGCAAACAACUCCUGCACCAAGUAAGGAGAUCAAAAAGACUACAGCAAGCAAAGAACAAACAAUUGCUGCCUCAACAAGGAAAGCAACGACAGCUCCACCUACAGAUAAAGUAGCAACUGAUGAUGAAGCAAUAACAAUUAGAACUACUAGCAAGGCAACACGUAUUGCAUCAACAUCAGCUAUCCAAACUACAGGAGCAAUAUUGGCCGUUAUAACUGUUCCUCCUCCCGAUGUAUCAGGCCAGGAACUGGCUUCGACAGCCAAGCCAAGUACUUUAGUGCAAGAAACCACAGAGGUAACGAAAAAAGCAGCUGCAACCACUCAGAAAGUAAUAACAGCUGCACCUAUUGAUGAAACAACCUCAGUCAAAGCUACUGGAGGUGCAAUAACAGAAACACCUACUAAGGGAGUAACUACAGUUGCAUCAACCGAGGAAGUAAUAACAGCAGGACCUCCUGAGAGAGUAACAACAGUUGCACCUAUUGAGGAGAAAACAACAGUAGCAUCUACCAAGGAAAGAACAACAGUUGUAACUACUGGGGAAAUAACAACGGCUGCACCUACUGAGAAAGAAUCAACAAGAGCACCAACUCAGGGAAUGACAAGUGCUGUGGCAACUGAGGAAAUAACAGCUGAACCUGUGAUGGAGACAAGCACACCUUCCCCUACUGAGGAAGCAAAAACGCCUUCGGCAACUGAGGAAGCAACAACGGGUGAACUUAUUAAGGAAAUAACGACAGUUGGACCUACUGAGAAAGAAACAACGGCUACAACAACUGAGGAAGCAACAACAGCUGCACCUACCAAGGAAAGAAAAACAACUGUGCCAGCUGAGGGAACAACAACAGUAGGUGUAACUGAGAAGGUAACAACAGCUGAACGUGUUGCGGAGACAACUGAAGCUGCACCAACUAAGAAACAAACAACGACUGCACCAACCAUGGCAGAAACAACAGCUGCACCAACCGAAGAAAUAACAACGGCUGCAUCAACUGAGGAAAAAACAACAGCUGCACUAACUGAGGAACAAACAACAGUUACUAUGACUGACGAACAAACAACAGCUGCACCAACCGAGGAAGAAACAACACCUGCACCAACUGAAGAACUAACAACACCCGCACCUUCUCAAAAAGUAACAACGGCCGUAUCAACUGAGGAAAUGACAAAAACCGCAAUAACUGAGAAACUAACAACGGCUGCACCAACUGAAAAACAAACAACAUUAGAACCAACUGAAGACCAAACGACGGCUUCACCAACUGAAAAAGAAACAACGGCGGCACUAACACAAGAAAUAACAACAGCUGCACCAAGUGAGGAGGAAACAACAGCCGCACCAACUGAAGACCAAACAACAGCUUCACCAACUGAAAAAGAAACAACGGCGGAACCAACUGAAGAAGGAACAACGGCGGCACCGACUGGGGAGGAAACAACAAUUGCACCAACUGAGGAACAAACAACGCUAGCACCAAUUGAAGAAGGUACAACGGCGGGACCAACAAAAGAAGGUACAACGGCUACACCAACUGAGGAGGAAAUAAAAGCUGUACCAACUAAAGAACAAACAACAGCUUCACCAUCUGCAAAAGAAACAACAGCAGCACCAACCGAGGAACAAACAACACUUGCACCAACAGAAAAAGAAACAACAACAACACCAACUAGGGAACAAACAACAGCUGUACCAACUGAGGGAGAAACAACAGUUGCACCGACUGAAAGACAAACAACGGCGGCAGCAACUGAAGAUAUAACAACAGUUGCCCCAACUGAGGAAGAAACAACAGCUGCACCAAGUGAGGAGGAAACAACAGCUACACCAACUGAAGACCAAACAACAGUCUCACCAACUGAAAAAGAAACAACAGUUGCACUAACUGAAAAAGAAACGGUGGAACCAACUGAAGAAAUGACAUCAGUUGCACCAACUGAGGAAGAAACAACAGUUGCGCCAACUGAAAAAGAAACAACGGCGACACCAACUAAAGAAAUAACAACAGUCGCACCAACUGAGGAAGAAACAACAGCUGCAACAACUGAAAAAGAAACAACGGCGGAACCAACUGAAGAAAUUACAACAGUUGCACCAACUGAGGAACAAACAACGCCUGCACCAACUGAAGAAGGAACAACGGCGGCAUCAAGUGAGGAAGAAACAACAGCUGCACCAACUGAAGACCAAACUACUGCUUCACCAACUGAAAGAGAAACAACGGCGGCACCAACUAAGGAACAAACAACACUUGCACCAACUGACGAAAAAACAACUGCAGCACCAACUAUGGAAGAAACAACAGUUUCACCGACUGAAAAACAAACAACGGCGGCAGCAAUUGAGGAAGUAACAACAGCUGCAACAACUGAAGACCAAACAACAGCUUCACCAACUGAUAAAGAAUCAACAGCGGCACCAACUGAGGAAGAAACAACAGUCUCACCAACUGAAAAACAAACAACAAAGGCAGAAACAGAAGAAAAAACAACCGUUGCACCAACUGAGGAAGAAACAACAGCUGCACCAACCGAGGACCAAACAACAGCUUUACCAACUGAGCAAACGACAGCUGCACCAACUGAGGAAGAUACAUCGGCUGCACCAACAGAGGAGGAAACCACGGCUGCACCAACUGAGAAGGAAACACCAAUUGCACCAACUGAGGAGCAAACGACAGCUGCACCAACUGAGGAAGAUACAACGGCCGCACCAAUUGAGGAGGAAACAACAGUUUCACCGACUGAAAAACAAACAACGGCGGCAGCAAUUGAGGAAGUAACAACAGCUGCAACAACUGAAGACCAAACAACAGCUUCACCAACUGAUAAAGAAUCAACAGCGGCACCAACUGAGGAAGAAACAACAGUCUCACCAACUGAAAAACAAACAACAAAGGCAGAAACAGAAGAAAAAACAACCGUUGCACCAACUGAGGAAGAAACAACAGCUGCACCAACCGAGGGCCAAACAACAGCUUUACCAACUGAGCAAACGACAGCUGCACCAACUGAGGAAGAUACAUCGGCUGCACCAACAGAGGAGGAAACCACGGCUGCACCAACUGAGAAGGAAACACCAAUUGCACCAACUGAGGAGGAAACGACAGCUGCACCAACUGAGGAAGAUACAACGGCCGCACCGAUUGAGGAGGAAACAACAGUUGCACCAAGUGAAGUACAUACAACAGCUGCACCAACAGAGGAGGAAACAACGGCUGCACCAACUAAAGACCAAACAACAGCUUCACCGACUGAAAAAGAAACAACGACGGCACCAACUAAGGAAGAAACAACAGCUGCACCGACUAAGGAAGAAACCACGGCUGCAGCAACUGAGGAAGAAAGGACAGCUACACCGACCGAAGAAGAUACAACUGCCGCACCAACUGAGGAGGAAACAACAGUUGCACCAAGUGAGGAACAAACAACAGCUGCACCAACAGAGGAGGAAACAACGGCUGCACCAACUGAAGACCAAACAACAGCUUCACCGGCUGAAAAAGAAACAACAACGGCACCAACUAAGGAGGAAACAACAGCUACACCGACUGAGGAAGAUACAACGGCUGCACCAACUGAGGAGGAAACAACAGUUGCACCAAGUGAGGAACAAACAACAGCUGCACCAACAGAGGAGGAAAUAACGGCUGCACCAACUGAAGACCAAACAACAGCUUCACCGACUGAAAAAGAAACAACGACGGCACCAACUAAGGAGGAAACAACAGCUGCACCGACUAAGGAAGAAACCACGGCUGCAGCAACUGAGGAAGAAACGACGGCUGCACCAACUGAGGAACAAACAACACCUGUAGUAACAGAGGAAGAAACAACGGCUGCACCAACUGAAGACCAAACAACAGCCUCACCAACUAAAAAAGAAACAACGACGGCACCAACUAAGGAGGAAACAACAGCUGCACCAACUAAGGAACAAACCACGGCUGCAGCAACUGAGGAAGAAACGACAGCUACACCAACUGCGGAAGAAACAACGGCUGCACCAACUAAGGAAGAAACAACAGCUACACCAACUGAGGAAAAAACAACAGCUUCACCAACCACUGUCAGCACCACAAAAAGUGUUACUUCGCCAAAGCCAACUGUGGAUAUCACAGACAGUCAUGGAGCUGAGAAUGGAAAUGGUAUUGAGAAUGGUAAUGGCACAGCUGUAAUCGGCAGAGGCGAACAGGGUGGCAACAAAACAGAUAACGGAACAGAGCAAUGUAAGGGGACUAUGUGCGAGGAUGGAAAGAUGUGCCGCAUUGUCGAAAAUAAAUCACCCGAAUGUUACUGUCCAACUGAAUGCAAUGACGAUCCCGAUCCCCACUGCUCUGUGUUUCUGGAAGAUUAUCACAACCUGUGCGAGGUUCAUCGCCACGCCUGUAGGAUGCAGAUCAACGUUGCUGUGAGGCACCGUGGACGAUGUGAAGCGUAUGCAAAGGGUCAGCAGAUCUCAAAACUGGUCGACGAGUCCUUCGUUCCAAUCAAUGAAUGUACCGAGGAAGAACUUCUACAGUUUGCAGAACGCUUCCUAGAAUGGGCAAUGAUAAAUAAAGAAAUUUAUGACAGUGAUGAUCCAGCAUCCCUUGAUCUUGAAGGUCUUGUCAACCAGGCAAGGCUGCUUGGAUUUACAUCGUUAGAGAAAACAGAAAUAUUGACGUUCCAAUUUGACGACAUCGAUUCAAACGGAGAUGGCUUUCUAGAUAAAGGUGAAGUUGAUGCUAUGAUGGCGCAUAUUCCUCACGAGGAAUGCCUGUUUGGGUUCAUGAUUUCGUCUGACUUGGACGGGGAUCACAAACUUAACAAAAAGGAAUGGUUUGACUCCUUCAAGUAUGUUGAAAAUGCAGUAGAAGAAGACGAAGAAAUAGACAGCUAACUUAUUAUAAUUAAUAACAAUAAUGAUAAUAAUAAUAAUAAUAACUAAUUGAUAACACAACCAACUAUCGCUCAGCGCUUUAGAAUGCUUUAGUUCGUUGCAACAUGAACGUUACCACGGCAGGCGAGGAAAGUUCGAAAUCUUAGCGAGUAAUGACGAAAGUCACGUCUGUAUAUUUCUCUCGAUGAAAGUGUUUAGAGUAACAGGUUUGGUUAAAAUGGAGCUUUCUAUAAGUGUUCAGCUCGGUGAAGUGUCAAAGCAACUCUUCCUCUGCCGUUAUGUUUGGAUUGUGAGUAGAUAUCUAAAGUUCAAAACGAUAACUUUUUCAUUCAAUUUCUUAUAUCCCUAAGUUACGUUAUAUUUUUAAACUAAGCACAGUAACUACGACUUCAUAGUACUUCAUAAUAUAAAUAGAAUUUGCGAUGCUUUUUCUAAUGGCUUUUUAGGAUUAUGCUGUAAUCAUUUUUGGACUGAUGAGUCAGGAUACAAGCAUAUGUCAAAUAAUUCCAAUGGCCAGUGAAUCUAUUUUAAAUUUCUAGUUGAUAUUCUGUCUCUCAUCACUCAAUCAGGAAGUGCUGGCCUGACAUGCAAUGCUACUCCCCUUCC